GUAGAAUCUGAGUACAUAUACAUGUUUUUUGGUAUAAUACAAUAUUUUCACAGAUUCUCAAUAUACAUAAGUAUACUUGAAUGGCACUGUAGCCAUAGUAUACCAAUUCAAAAGGAAUCGAAUGGGCUUUCUAUAGUUCCAAUAAUAAAAUCUGAGGUACUAGGAAAAACGCCAAUCAUAACGACCGAGUUAAAGGCCAGCAGAAUUUACGAGUCUUUUCGUGUAAAACAGACUCCACCAGCUACGGUAACAGUUAGUAAACAUCGAAGUCUACCUCAAGAGAACGGAAAAAACAAAUCACAAUCUUCAAAUCGAAAUAGAAUGGCGCGCUUGGUGUCUACAGAUAUUCUAAGCCGCAAUAUCUCUAACAUUUUGGAAAACCUUCUCAAACGCUAUGAACAGUCACAACUUCCUACACAUGGAAAGGGGAUACCUACGGUGGUGCAAACCAAUAUACUUAUACGUAGUAUGGGUCCGGUGUCAGAGCGGGACAUGGAAUAUUCAAUGGAUUGCUAUUUUAGGCAGUAUUGGCGAGAUAAGCGGUUGAGUUUUGAGGGGCCAAUUAAAAGUUUAUCCUUGAGCAUUAAGAUGCUAGACAAAAUCUGGCGACCAGACACUUACUUUUAUAAUGGAAAGCAUUCUCAUAUACACACAAUUACUGUGCCAAACAAAUUACUUCGACUUGGUCAAGACGGCGGAAUCCUCUAUUCGAUGAGAUUAACCAUUAAAGCCACAUGUCCCAUGGAGCUGAAAAAUUUUCCGAUGGAUAGACAGUCGUGUCCCCUUAUAAUUGGUAGCUAUGGCUAUACAAACCAACAGCUAGUUUACGAAUGGAAAAAUCAAGAUGAUGCCGUGUCAUUUGUCCCCGGAAUGACUCUUAACCAAUUUGAUCUCAUUAGCAUGAUGCACCGCAAUUUCACGUCAACACGACGAGAGGGUGACUUUUCAGUUUUACAAGUAGCAUUCAACCUCAAACGUCAUACCGGAUACUUUCUAAUCCAAGUUUAUGUGCCCUGCAUUUUGAUCGUGGUAUUGUCUUGGGUAUCAUUUUGGAUACAUCGUGAGGCCACUAGCGACCGUGUCGGUCUCUGUGUAACAGCAGUUCUAACACUAUCAACCAUUAGUUUGGACUCACGGACUGACUUGCCAAAAGUCAAAUAUGCAACUGCCCUGGACUGGUUCCUUCUGAUGAGUUUUCUCUAUUGCAUAGCCACUUUGCUAGAAUUCGCAGGUGUUCAUUAUUUUACUAAACUUGGCAGUGGUGAAAUACCACGUCUGGAAGAGCUCUUGGGAAAUAUCAGGAAAACUAACAUAGCACAUGGUAUUGAAGCCAACAAAAAAGUUAGUGACGAGGAUAUAGAAGAUAAUGGUAGCGAUGAGGCCAGUGAGCAAAUGAACUCACAGAAUGAUAUUUGCGUUUGUUCGGAAAAUGACACUCUUGAAUUCGAAUCUGCAGAAUCAUUACCAACAGCACUAGAUGACACUGCUUUUCGUAAACGGAAUGCCGUCACAUGCCCUAUCUUUAACGCCUCCUCGCGUGGAGCCACCAUGGAACGAACCACGCAAACGGAACCCCCCGUCAUUUCGCGUAUGCGACAGAUAUGGCUCUGCCUCAAGAGUGACGACAAGUUCCGAAAACAGCGUGAGCGUGACGCAGCUGCAGAAAAGACUGAACAAGGUCACAACGUAAGCUAUGUAAACAGCGUUUCGCUAAUCGACCGCUUCGCACGCAUUGCGUUUCCGAUGUCAUUUGUGCUUUUUAAUCUUUUAUACUGGUUGGCCUACGGAAUGUAUAAAAAAGAGUUUUCAUGGUCCACUAUAAAGACAUAGCUUUCUUCGACUGUAGUUGUCUUCUAUAUUUUUUUGGCAUUAGGUUAAAUAAUGUAUCUUACUGCAAAUAGAUGGUGGGUGCCUUAUGAAAGUUGUAACAUGAAAUAAAGUGAA